CUCAGCCGUUUCCUGGACCCUUGACUUGUGUAAGCUCAACCUUGUGCUUGUUCACCCAAGCACCAGCUUCCAUCUCGCCCCGCCGUCUAGGAGACAGCCAUCUAUACCUUGGCUCCCUCAGUCCACAUAGAUAAGUAUCCUCAACGUCCGGAGUCGAUCUGACUGGAAUCCCGUCCCUCCGCGUCUGGCUCGCUCAAACGUUCCGACCCACCCCAACUCUGAGCUGGUGCUCGCCGGUAGCCAUCACACUAGGAUAUCGUCUCCAGUUCCCCACUUGUGUGUUGACACACGUCUUCCGAGAACCCAAAGAUCAUUUUACGAGGGCACUCUACAGCUUAUCUCUCCUUCAGCCCUACUAGAUUGCUUUCUGGCUUCAUACAGCACACGCCUAGACCCGUCUGUAUACCAGUAUAUAUAUCACCAGCCUCUAGCCAGCCGGAGCCAUGGUGAACGUCUGGGGUGCCAGUUGUCGCUCCUUGUAUCAGAGCCCGCAAUGGGAAGGGAACAGACCUGUCACCGACCAAUCUCCGAUCGAUAACAGUCCCUUGACUGCGGAACCUGCAAGAGACUCUCCUCCAUCAGUAGGCGAUACCGCCCUGACCGUCGCCAGGGCUUUACGAGAGCAGUGUCAUAUCGACUACGAAGGCUUCUUCCUUGCCGUGACUCUGAAGAACGGCCAAGUUGCCUGUUUCUCCGGCCCCGAUCCCCUGACGGAUGAACAGAUCCGCGGCAUGUUUCGGAGGGAUCGAUUUCUUCAGUACCAGCACGGAAUAAUGCCAAGGGACGACGGUGUCUUCAAUGAAACUGCCCGUGGGGGGUAUUCCGAGGGCUAUGGUGACGGUCGACUCGAGGACCACUGGGUGCCAACCUCCAGACGUAGAAGGCGGCAAAGAGGAAGCGCGUUGCGACGGGAAUUGGAUGACGAUAGGCCGCCCGUUGUCGCUGCGCCUAAGGUGCCUCUCAGGAUCGGAGAUUCAGAAGCGCUAUGGAACUUUUACGACCACCGCUUCAGGUGCAUUCAGCAAACAACUUGCAAGCAUAUCGGCAAAGCAUUUGUGAAGGCAAUCGCGCCGAGGAAGCAGGCCAACAACCCUUACACCAGAGGCGAUGCUACUGCUCCCGGUUGGUGGCCGAAGCCUUGGGGUCCCGGCGAGAAGGACAGGGUCCGGCACAUCGAGCCAGACCACCUCUUGAAGCCAGAGCGAAUUCAUCUCCUUGUCCACAUCCUGAAGUUAGUAGUCGAGCCUCUCGAGUUGCAGCAUCCGGAUAUCCAGAAGGCAGACAUCAAUGUUGCUAAACUGGAAUGCAUUACGAUGGAGCAACUCUCCACUUGGUUUGCCGACAAGAACACCAACAACGCAAGAAAAAAGCCAAUCCUCCAGGAAGUCUUCAAAGUUGCCAAGAUGGAAGAAAAGUACAAGAGGGACGAGCUAGAUGCAAAUACCAUAAUCUAUGUCAUGGCGGACGAUAUGGUGCAGAACUACUGUCCCUCUGACGACGAAGAUGAUGAUGACAACGUCGGCUUCCCCGCCCGACUGAAAGCAGAGAGCGAACGAAAGAGCUCUGGCUCUGAUACCUCCAGUGUGCCGCCUACAAACACCGCCACCCCUCACAACCUGCUCCCAUCACUAAACAGCAGUCAUGCUCUGAAUCCUACUACUCUUCAGGCUGCAUCAUACAUGGGGACUCUCUCAAUCCGCGAUAGCCAGUACGGCACGACCGCCAUGAUGCCACCAGACCAUUAUCAAUAUGCCGACGGCGGAAACAUGACGAACGGCGGACAGGCAACCUCGCUGCAAGCUCACGCUACCGCUCUGCACAUGCAUGACGUGCUAUCCGGCCCGCAGGAACCCGGCCGUCGGUCAUCCAUUCUCAACACGCCUUCCGACUUUUCCAGCCUCUCCCCAUCUGGCAUGUAUCCUGCCAACGUUGGUUGGCAGCCACAGCAGCCUCAGAGCGCGUCGACCGCACCGCCCCCCUCGGCCAUGUACGCCGUGACUGCGCAAGCGGCACAUCAUGCUCAAACGCCCCUUCCCCUCCCCCCAUUGCAGCAGCAGGAACAACAGUAUGGGCCCCAAGGAUUUGAUCCAUUACCUCACUCUCAACAUGAUCUUUUUAGAGGCAGCGGGAUGUCACAAAGCCGGGAUGUCUGCAUGUCAUAUUGAUGAGGCGUGUCGAGUAAUGUGUUUCCGGCCCAGCCCCCAGUUCACCAAAUGAGUGACACUGAAAUAGUGCUAUGAGACCCGGAUGCGCUGUAGGAGUUUAAAUGGGCAUCUCUCCUUUCUCUGUAUCGAUUUUAUUGCAUAUCUAUUUCCUGCGGUUUCCUCACGCUCUGAUAACUGCGUCUAGGGCGGCAACUUGGCCUUGCUCUUGCAGGCAGGGGAGAAGGAAAGACAAAAGCGAUAUACCCAUGGGUCUUGAUCUUUUUGGCCGAGGCAGUUUUUAAAGCAACCGGACAAGCAAUAAUUGGGAGACUU